UACUCUGCCUCAGUCUUCUUACGGUCCAACUUCACGGGCUCCUUCAGCUGCAGGGCUCGGACCCGAAUCAGAACCGGCUGGCGAACAUCACGUGCAGACCGCGGGGACCAGCGCAGCGACGGAACCAGCACGACGAAGCCGCAACCCAACAUGGCCGCCCACGCAGAGCCGGAGGUGAAGGAGCUGAACCCGGUCGACUUCAUCCAGCUCCAGCAGUACACCGACUACUGCAGUCUGAAGGUCAAAGACGUGUUGAGGGAGUUCGAUGCUGACGGUCGUCUGGCCAAACACCGUCACGGAGAGCGCAUCAAUGAAGAGGGUUUCCGACUCUUCCUGAAGACAUACCUGGAAGUGGAUGACUUCCCUCAGGACCUCUGCCAGAGACUCUUCCAAUCCUUCCAGAACUCUGAGGAGACGCAGGCCGACGGCUGCAGUAAGCUCCGCUCACGCGCUGCGCCUCGGGGCCCCGGCCUGACUUGUGUCUCCCCUGCAGAGGAGGUGUUUCUGAAGGAUGUGUCGUGUUACUUCUCUCUCCUGGAGGACGGUCAGCCCCGGGACAAGCUGGAGUUUGCGUUCCGACUCUACGACAGGGAUGGCAACGGCGUCCUGGACAGUUCGGAGGUGGACCGGAUCAUCGCUCAAAUGAUGCACGCCGCCGAUUACCUGGGCUGGGACGUGUCCGAGCUGCGGCCGGUGCUGAAGGACAUGAUGACGGCCAUCGACGCCGACAGCAGCGGCACGGUGUCGCUGCCCGAGUGGGUCCAGGGUGGGAUGAACAACGUUCCCCUGCUGGUGCUGCUCGGCCUCAAGGUGACCCAGAAGGACGGGCAGCACCUCUGGAGGAUGAAGCACUUCAAUAGGCCUGUCUACUGCAACGUCUGUCAGAGUUUGCUGCUGGGUCUGAGGAAGCAGGGCCUGUGCUGCACCUGUUGUAAGUACACCGUACACGGUCGCUGCGCCAACAGGAACCCGGCGCCCUGCACCAGAACCUAUGUCAAGUCAAAGAAAGAGACCGGGGUGGCGUCACAUGACUGGGUGAGCGGGAACUGCGACUCCAGGAAGUGCGACAGGUGUCAGAAGAAGAUCAAGAGCUUCCAGGGCCUGACUGGGAAGCACUGUGUUUGGUGCCACACCAUGUGCCACGAUGAGUGUGCAGACCUGGAGCCCAGCGAGUGUUCCUGCGGGCCGCUGCGGGACCACAUCCUGCCCCCCUGGGCCGUGUACCCCGUCAUCAAGGAGCGCUCCAGCAACGGCUGCUCCGCCUCUCCUGACGACACUGAACUCAACACCACACCUGACGGGCAGGUGCUGCAGAUCGUUCCGGUGCCCAACACUCACCCGCUGCUGGUCUUCGUGAACCCCAAAAGUGGCGGGAAACAGGGCGAGCGAGUCCUGCGGAAGUUCCAGUAUCUUCUGAACCCACUUCAGGUCUACAACCUGUCCAACGGCGGGCCCGGACCCGGACUCAACUUCUUCCGCGACCUGAAGGAUUUCAGGAUUCUGGUCUGUGGGGGGGACGGCACCGUGGGCUGGAUCCUGGACGCCAUCGACAAAGCCAACCUGCCUGUGCGACCGCCUGUGGCCGUUCUUCCUCUGGGGACAGGAAAUGACCUCGCCAGGUGUCUGCGGUGGGGAGGAGGUUACGACGGCGAGGAUCUGAGUCGCAUCCUCCGAGACAUCGAGACCGGAACUCAGGUUCUGAUGGACCGCUGGAGCGUGCAGGUCAUCCAGGACCGGGAGCAGGAGGAGGGUGACCCGGUUCCCUACGAGAUCAUCAACAACUACUUCUCCAUCGGAGUGGACGCCUCCAUCGCUCACCGCUUCCACACCAUGAGGGAGAAGCACCCGCAGAAGUUCAACAGCAGGAUGAAGAACAAGCUCUGGUACUUCGAGUUCGCCACUUCAGAAACCAUCUCAGCGUCCUGCAAGAGGCUCAGCGACAGUCUGACCAUCGAGUGCUGCGGGACGCCGCUGGACCUGAGCGGAGGCUCUCUGGAGGGCAUCGCCGUGCUCAACAUUCCCAGCAUGCACGGUGGCUCCAAUCUGUGGGGCGAGACCAAGACCCGGGGGCAGACCAGUGUGGAUGAGCCCGACGUGAUCGUGGACCCUGAAGCCCUCAAAGUCUCCUCCCAGGAUCUCAGUGACCGGCGACUGGAGGUGGUCGGGUUGGAAGGAGCCAUGGAGAUGGGUCAGAUCUACACGGGCCUGAAGAGUGCGGUGCGGCUGGCCAAGACCUCACAGCUGACCAUCAGGACGACUAAGUCGUUGCCGAUGCAGAUCGACGGCGAGCCGUGGAUGCAGCCGCCCUGCACGAUCCACAUCACUCACAAGAACCAGGCGGCCAUGUUGAUGGCUCCUCAGACCAAAUCCUCUGGGUUCUUCAAGUGAAGCUGUUUACACGUGAAUGUUUUUUUUUUAUAUAAAUCUUAACUGUAGAAGAAACAUUUUAAUCCUGAUCAUCUUAAGACAGUUGUACAGUCCACUCCAAACUUUUCAGUUCAGCAUCAGUCGUCGUCUGAGUCAGUAACCUGCUGACGCCAGUGACGUCUGGAGGCCGUCUCAAAGUGUGCGAAUUAAUGAAUCUCAGAACUUGAAUCCUGAAUGUUUGCAGCGCUUAAUAAGCUUAAACCUAACUUAUUCAGCUCAUGACAAUUUAAUUAUGAAUGUGCAAAGUGACUCAUGAAUGAAAAUAAAUCCUCAA